AUGAACUUGUUUACCGUCGAACAGGUAGAACUGCUGCGCCGUCUACGUCUGACCGGCAUCACGGCGCCACAGAUCAUCGAGAUCCGAAAGAUGUCACCCGUCAAUGUGCCCCCCCCCCACACACACUGCCAUCGCCACUUCCACCAAAAACUAACUUUUAUUCUUUACUUAAUCUCUUACUCGUUUUUUGUCAUUGUCUGUACCCUGGGCUUGCGCGCCGGCUACCAUAGAUCGGCGCUCAGGGCGCCGAGCGGGCGCAUAACGAUGAAGGUGCCAUCGGCGUUCGCGGAGGAAAAAAUCGAUCGAUCGACACAACGAGGCAUACCGUCAGCCGACGGGCGACAUCGACUGGGCCGCCAUUGA